UGUGUUAUGUGGUUGUAGAUGGUUGUAGCGUGAUUGUAGCUGGGUUGUGGUGGUUGUUGAAAUAGGUGUUCUGUGGUUUUAGCGCGAAAGUGGACCUCACGUCGUGUGAAAUAGCGCCGCGAAAGGUUCCCUUCGCACGUGCGUUACAAACUUUUGACGGGAUCUCAAGAUGUCUGACAAGGAAUCGAGCAGCGGCGAUGGGAAAACAACAUCCGCCGACAACGGUGCGUCUUUGGACGUGUGUGCCGCUGUGUCCGAGCAGGAAAAACAACUGGCGACGUCGGCAGCAACCGACUUUCAUGCUGGUAAGUAUGGCGCGUGCCUCGAAACGCUGGACAAGCUCUACGCGUUAAGACCGGCGGACGGCAAAGUGGCACACAACCGAGCAGUGGCACGCUACUACGCGUCUUCGAAAAGCAUGGAGGAGUUCGAUCGCGAGCUUGUCGAAAUCUCGCCGCACCUGACCAACCCGGACUCGCUGGACGACAUAGAUCAGUGCAUUCCGUUCUUCAACCAUGCGGUGGCCCUGUUCCACGCACAGCAGUACCGUCGAGCCUUGGCCGUGUUGGACCGCUUGUUCCAGUUCAUCGAACCCAUGGACGAGUCGGUGGCCAGGAAGAUGUGUUUCCUCCACACCGAGCUGUGCCUUUGCCUCAAGCAGCCAGAGAAGGCCCUGGCUACUGUCGCGUACCUCGAGAACCUGCAUGCGGACAGCCCGGAGGCCGAAGCGUGCCGCGGCCGCCUGCAGCUCUACAAGACGCGCUGCCUCAUCAUGAUGCGCUCGGUGAAAGCCAGCAAGCGCGAAAUCAAGAACCUGGUCGGCUCGUCGGCGGGCAGCAGCUGCCAGACGGUGUACCUGCGGGGCCAGCUGGAGUUCCUGCGCGGCAACUACCGCAAAGCCGUCAAGGUGCUGGCCGCGGCGCAGCAGCAGGGCGACGCCGCCGUGUACUACCACAACGACCUCGGCUGCGUCCACUUCUGCACGGGCAAGCCGCACCUGGGCAGCUACAACUUCGCCAAGGCGCUCAACGGCUACGUCGAAGGCUGCUCGCAGGGCGGCCGAACGCUCGACGGCCGGCUCUACUUGGAGCUGCUGCACAACCUCGGCCUGCAGAACCUGUACUGUGGCAAGUACGCGUCGGCCUUCGACUGCCUCGUGGAGGCGGCGCGCAUGCAGCCCACCAACGCCCGGCUCUGGCUGCGCAUCGCCGAGUGCUGCGUGAACCGGCACAAGUCAGACAACGCGGCCGAUUUCCAGCUCAAGGACCGCAAGCGGCACAUGGUGAGUGGCACCGCGGGCGCCGGCCCGCACCGCAAGAUCGUUCUGGCGCCCGGCAUCUCGAGCGACCGGCACUCGGCGGCCGUCGGCUCGGCCGCCAUCCCGGUGCCCACGCUCGAGUUCGCCGCUCUCUGCCUGCGCAACGUGCUGCAGCUGCUGCCCGAAGAGGCCGACGACGCCCUCCGCAACUCGGCGCUCGCCCUGGCCGCGUACGUGGCGCUCUGCCUGGGCGACCCCCUGGUGGCGCUCAAGCACGCCGAGAGCCUGCUGGCCCAGCCCAAGGUCGCGGGCGUGCACAGCUUCCUGGCGCACCAGUACGCCGCCGAAGCGCUGCUGCUGCUGGACCGCGUCGGGGACGCCAUCGACCACCUGAACCCGGAUCUCGUCAAGGACCUGUCGCACGGUUUUUCCGAACCCGAGGAUGGUGCGAACAAAGGAAAGGACGAUGCCACCAAGACCGGCGAAGAGAAUGGCAAAACCUACAGGAAGCCAUGGUAUCCGGCGUCUCCUUCGAUGGCCAAGGUGGUCAGCCUGUACAAUCUUGCCGUGGCAUACACUCUCAGGGGUGGUCUGGGAAAAGCUACGGAGACUCUAAGGCUGGUCAGUGUGCCUAAGGGGCCUGACCCCGAAAUACCCGUGCAGGCCCUCAUGUUGGCCAUAUACGUUCAGCUUCAACAGGGUCAUGCCGAUUUGGCAAAGAAUAUCAUCAAACAGCAUCUUCCCCAGUACAAGUGAUUCGUCGGCUAGAGGCAAUUACUGGGUUGCUGAAGUAAAUCGUUUCGGUACAUACUGGCGGUACAUCGUGGGUGUUAGUGAUGCACAGAUCAGAUCGUCCCAGUGGGGUAAUGUGAGAAAAGCAAUUCAAGCCGGUAUGCUCAUACAAGCCUUGGCUUGUGUCAUUGGCAGCUGUGUAAAUUGCACCCGCUCUGGUGCGCAACAGCCAUCAUCGGUAAACAAGACACAAGUUGGGGUGGCUUUUUGUUCCCCCAUUGCUUCCCAGAGAAAUCGGCAGAGCAACACUGUACAAUCCCAGCAGUGUGUGUUGCAGAAAACGCAGUCCAGCUGCUGGCAAGUUCGUCUGACAAUAGUGGGGCCGAACAGUUGGUGCUGCCAGCAAGCGCUCUGAGGAGCUGCCAAAAGAACAAUUUUGUAGUUUUCAAGUGCUUCGAUGACAUGAGUCUUUCUGACAGUUAAGAUCAAAUGUGAAACGAUUUAUUGCAUCUCUGUAAGGCAUCUUCGAGUUUCUCAAGAGAUCUGAUCUUGCUAUUCUACUGGAAGAAAACUAAAGGAGAGUGUGUGGCAGACAAUUCAUGCCAGCUCUAUUUGAUGAAGCAAAGGAAUGUUGUGCUCGUUUGGUGGCAUGGCUGAAAACGUCCUUAAUUUCAUGGCAUCCUUGAGAGUACUUGUGAAUUGUGCAUUUCUUGGCGGAGUAAACACUAUCAUCUAGAUGAUUGCUUGAAAAUGUAGAAAGGGGUAUUCCUUUUUUUUUUUUUUUCGUGUGAGACAAGCAUGGAGGCACCUUUCAUUAUAUAUUCAGUGUGAAUGACUUGCUGACCAUGAGUGCGUCAAGUGAACCAAGUUGUCUCCAAUCAAUUUGGUCUUUUUCUUUGUUAAUAACAGAGUGAUGGUGUUCAUUACAGACCAGACGGUGCACACACUCUGUUUGCUCAAUUUAAAGUCUUAGGCGGGCUUAGCAUUGCACACAGGAUUUGUGGCCACCAUCUUUGGGCAUUUUUCUCCCCACUAGUUGUGGAGCGACUCUGGGGCGGACUUGUUUCCAUGAGUGUCGCUGAAGAUUGGCUAGUGCACAUGAGGCCACCACAUACAGUGAAUUCUCACUUGAGUGAACUUCAAGGGACCCAGGGAAAUAAAUAGCUCACUUAACUCACUAAACUGAAUAUUCACUAGAAUAUGGAACAGCAUAAGGCACAGCAGACAUCGAGUCAAAAGUGUGACAUGCAAUUUUUGGAGUUAUGUUUUACGGAGCGCAACAGUUACAUUGCUGCCUAUCUCACUUUGAAACAAAUCUGCAAUUUUCAUUUGCACUGCUGCUUUUAAAGCACAAGAAGUAACAAAGCUGUCCAGAUAGUAUAUGUUUUUGUGAACUUCCUCUGCCACGGCUUGUUGCUGAGACACCAAGUCUCGCAACUUUCCAAGGCAUCCUACAGCCUCAGCUAGAGUUGCAUGAUUUGAUGAUGGCUCUGCUAUUGCAUCUUCCUCGUCGCACUCGUCAUCUUCGGGACGAACACUGAAAACAAUUUCCAGAUCGAAUAGUUCAGUGCAGGUAACGAGCCCACUGUCGCAAUGCACAGUCUUCAAACUAAGUGUUGCUGUCAACAUCCAGCUGGUGACAGACCUCUGUUACCAGCUGGAUGUGGGUCGUUCAACUACAAUAUUUGCUGUUCAGAAAUUUGUUUAACUGAAAGAUUUUGCAUAGAAUGCAUAGGAGAACCGCUAGGGAUUUUCUAAUAGGUUGUUACUCUAAAAUAUUUGUUAAACCAACGUUUGUACAACAGAGUUACUGUACGGGGUGUUUUAUUUCAUCCUUAGCAGAAUGUAUAAAAAGUCACCUAUAGGUGACUUUUUAAACAUGUGACAUGUAGCACAUUUCUACCACAGUUGACUUCUAUGAAUUCGGCUCUGACGGGACCAACAAAAGUAAUCAAAAUAUCCGGUGAGUUGAAUUAAACAAGAUGUCAAAAAUAUACCAAAACACACCGCUGAUUCAUCAGGCAGUUAUUUGCCCAAUAUUAACUCACCCCCGUAUCAAACAGACAGCAACAUUCCAUGUGUCUAAAGUAGAAACCUAACAUAGAACUGACAUUAAAGCUCCCAAGCAGAGUAGAACUUCAAAGUGCACCCGAUUUUUUUAGCUAGAAAACUUGGGCAUCUGCAGCCGAUCUCCUAAAAUCAGUUUCACUGCCUUUUUUUUUUAUGUCGGCUUCGCCGCAAUACACUCGUGUGACGCGGUAAAGCAUACAAAUGCGGCGAAGAUGAUUUUGGUUUCAUAUCAGAUUGCACAGCGCAAUUUAGUGCUCAAUUUUCUUUAUAAGAAGGUGCAUGUUAGAAUUGGGUCAAAACUAAUUGGCGGUUGUGAGUUAUUGCUUGAAAACCUUCCUAGGGCAGACCGAAAACAGACGUCUUCAACGGCCGAUUCUUUUUUUUUUUUUUUUUACUUGUGUUCAUGUCCCCUAUGCUCCCCCGAUACAGACGUUGCCACUCAUAGGGGUCAGGCGCGUGCGUGCUGACUGGUAAAGUUCAAAUUAUUUGGCAGAGGUCAAUUUUAGGAUUGAAAUAACAUAAGUUUGGGCCCAUAGAAAGGCGUGGGUGCCAGCUAGAACAUCUGGCCGGGACUGAGUUAACAGAAGUCUACUGUACUUGAGCUGAAUUACUCUCAGUGCACGAGAAAUCAAAAUGAAUAUUUGAAUAAUGAAACAAGUUCUGCCAGUUAUCUUUUAAAUUAAUUAACUUAUGGCACAUUGCAAUACACCAAUUCGAGACGGUGUCUUCGAAAGUUGUGUCCACUUGGAACCAAUUCUGAGAAUGACACAAGUUUUCGAGAUAAAACACCCAGUAUAGUUACCAUAAUAACAAGGUAAACUGGUGAUGGAAUGAGCAUACAUUUAAAGGUGCACAUUGUAAUAACAUUGUUGCAAGUCGCCCUGCUUGCCAUCAUACAUAGGGCACAGUUUUGUUCAACAAUUGGAGCCAUCACAGCAAUUAUGCAAGGUACCACGUUACUGGCCCAGUGUUAGUAUUUUGUGUUCCACAGCAGUUUGGCAAUCGAUACUUACCAGGUGUUUUUAUGUGGAACACUUUCUUUUAAAAGAAUCUGCCCUAUCUAGACGCCUGCCAUUUUUGAAGGCAGGCUGAGUGGAUAUAGGCAGACAUUAGCAGCAAGAAAAUUUUGAUAGUUUUGCUAAUUGCCAGAAAUGUGCUUUAUUAACUUUUUCUUUGCUCACUUGCGCAUAUGUUGUCAUCUAAAAAUUGAAGCCAAGGAGCAGUGAUGUCAUAUCUGCUUAGCAAAAAUCGUAAGACUAGCACCACUUUUUCUAAAGUGAGUAAUUAAAAAGUUUGCACAAUUUGAGUAACUAGUGAAAUUAUCGCUGAUAUUUUUCUUGCUGCUACUGUCUGCAUGGCCAUGUAGCAUACCUGCAAGAACUACUAGACCCUAGGUAUGACACUUUCAUUUAAAAUAAAGUGUUCUGCAUUAAAAAUAAGCAUUGUGCUACAGUAGAUGUCGCAAUACCAGCUGCAACCGAAAUAUUUCAAGCCUCUGCACACCAAAGCGCUGGCAUUUGCAGACCUACAAAGUGAGGGCAGUGUGGUUCCCCAGUUAUUUCGUCAGAUACUAUGUCUCUAUGUGAACUGCCCUAGCUAGCAUUAAAUGCUUACAUGCAGUUCUGCAAUAAACUUUCCCGGGGCUUUCUGGAAGCACUGUUCCCGAGACUCAUUGAGCACUUGCUGUAAUUCAUGGUGGGCAUCAUCUACUCCAGCCCUCCAAAUGCAUUGGAGCGUUGCGAAGAAAAUGUAAGGCCGAUG